AUGGAUUCCGAUCAUGCUCAGUCCCACGCACAGCCAUGUGGCCUAAACGACCCCGAACAAGAAAACACCUUCAGGUUUACCCCCAUCAAGGCCAUCAAGGCUUUGCCCCGUCUCUGGGAGCGCAAACCAGCGACCCCAUUCCAGGGUGGAAUUAAGUCGAAGAAACUCUGGAAACGUUUCCACGCAUCUUUUUCCAACAUGCAGUCGCUUCAGCAAUCGAGCGCGCUGGAGCAAAAUGCGUUUCAAACCGCUCUUAACUCAUUCACCAACACAUCCAUCAACCCGUCCAAGGAUACCGCAUUUGCGCGCGGCGUCAAGCGACUUCGUGUUGCCUCUGACGGCGCCGAUGACCGGAAAGACACUGGCAAAUUGCCCGAUGCGCCUUUUAGCAUUUUCGACGAGAGUUCGCAACACAAGCCGACUUUGGCUCUGAGUCAGAAUACGGGUCCUGGCAACGCCGACAGCCAGUGCAAUGAAAACAAUGGCCCUUGCGACGUUGAAGGCGAUCUGGCGAUGACCUCGUCGCCCCCGCCGCUCGGUCAAUCACGAAGCCCUGUUAUGGCAGCAAUCUUCCAGGAUGCUAUGCAGCCAUUUGACAUCAACACCUCAAUCUCCGAAGCCACGCCCAUCGGAAGUGCAGUCCAUCAAUCUACAGAACAAGAACACAACGAGCUUAUCAACACUGUAGUGGAGGAAACCGAGCACAACAUAGCGCCCACACCUACGAAGGUGGUGCGAGUCCUGACCCAGAAGCAGGAGAGAACGCUGGUCCGAUCAGCGCUCCGGAGCUCAUUAGAUGGAGAGGACGCGGACCUUUUGAACGACUUCCUCUCCAAAGCCAAGGCUAAGCGUGCGGCUAAGGCGGCCCUCGUGGAUUCCCAAGAGGGAACUACUGAGACAUCCUCCAGCGCCGACGAGUCACCAGAGGAAGCGCUCACUCCACGAUCCCGUCGAGUUCUAGAGGAUUUGGACGCAAACUCUCCCUCGCCAGUCAAAACUCAGGCCUCACCGAUCAAGAGCGAUGCCAUCACUUUCGAUGGUGCGCAGGAAGUUGCAGUCAGCAAGGAAAUUCAACAUGAUGAGCCCGCCCCUGCAAGCCCUGCAUGCCGACGGAGCACUCGUGUCAAAGCUCCCGCAGCUAAUCCAGCGGCUGUGCGCAACACUAUCGCACUUCGCCGGGCAAAGGGCACCGAAUUUGUUUUUCUGCAGCGGACUGAGGCCCAGCAACUGGCCCUGGCUACGAAGAAGAACACUCGCCACAAUCGGGGUGACUCUGUGAUGCCCAAGUAUGUACUCCAGGCUAUGGCCGAGCAAGAACAUGAAGAAUCGGCUCUAGAGCAAGUCCGAUCGGAUCGCAAGAUCUCUGGCCGUCGAACGGCAUCCAAGAAUGUCAGCUGGAACGACGAUCGCCUCGUGGAGUUUGAAGAUUACAACCCGACCACGGAGCUGGAGGAAGAGGAUAGCAGCAGCUGCAAGAGUGACGUCGACGACGCUUCCAUCCGAUCUGAAGCCAAGCCCACAGAGAAGACAGCAUCGGUCAGUGACCGCCGCAGCCGGGCGCAGAUGCAGAAGCUAAGCCAUGAGGCUGCCAGCGUGGAAUCCGAGAGUUCCUCGACCACCCCUACUGCCGUGCCAGCUGCAGCCCCACGUUCUCGACGGGUGCGGCGCAUGGGCGACUCAACUGGUGUCUCUGGCACACCUGUAAAGACCGGCAGAGGUCGCAUCAGCAAGCCGUCGAGCGCCACGGCGCCCACAGAUGCGCCAUCCACCCCCCCUCAGGCUCGUCGCAAGCUUGUUCCCAAGAGUCCCAGCUCUUCGCUGCUUCCUGCCCCUGUCGCAAAAGGAGCAGCCAGUAGCAUUCCCACGCGCAGCACAAACAUUUGCAACGAAGAGCCUAAGCGGAAGAGCAUGCUCCAGUCUAGUGCGGGAUGCACACCCCGGCGGGUCCGAGUGAGAAACUGA